UUCAAAUCGAUAUAUAUUCAUCCAGAAAAUCCAUCCUGCCUACUUUUACCUUUCCCAGAAGGGAUAUCUGCCAGGAUGACAGUGGCGGCAGUUGGACGAACAUGUUUUAAACAUUUGCUGUCCUCUUAUAACAGACAUACUGUUUUAAACAAGAGAUUUAUAUCUGCCAAAGUAAUUGAUGGGAGCAAGUUAGCUAAGGAAAUCAAAGAUGAAGUGAAAUUUGAAAUUGAGAAAAUAGUGAAGGCAGGAAGACGCAAUCCAACAUUAUCUGUUGUACAAGUUGGUGAUGAUCCUGCCAGCAAAACUUACAUUAAAAACAAAAUCAAAGCCUGCCAAUAUACAGGAAUUGAUAGCAGAUCAAUACAUUUACCUGAGAAAGUGGAGGAAGAUGAACUUUUGAGAGUUAUUCGUGAAUUAAAUAGCGAUGACUCUGUGGAUGGUAUUUUAGUACAACUCCCGGUUCCGGAUCACAUAACAGAGAGAAGAGUGUGUAAUGCUGUGGAUCCUAGCAAAGAUGUAGACGGAUUUAAUGUAGUCAAUGUUGGAAGGUUCUGUUCAGACCAAAUGACAUUCAUUCCAGCCACCCCAGCUGGAGUUAUGGAAAUGCUGAGGAGAUCUGGUAUUGAAACCUUUGGGAAAAAUGCUGUUGUCUGUGGAAGAUCUAAAAAUGUGGGCAUGCCUCUGGCCAUGUUACUUCAUGCAGAUGGAAUAUACGAAACAAAAGCCGGUGAUGCCACUACAACUAUAUGUCACAGAUAUACACCACCAGAUCAACUGAGUGUUUUUACAAAAAUAGCAGACAUCAUAGUUUCAGCAACGGGAAUACCAAAACUCAUUACAGGAGACAUGAUCAAAGAGGGCGCCACUGUUAUCGAUGUCGGAAUCAACAGGAUCAAAGAUGAAGAAACUGGAAAGACAAAACUUGUAGGAGAUGUAGAUUUUGAGGAUGUAGCCAAUAAGGCUGGCUUCAUUACCCCAGUGCCAGGAGGAGUGGGACCAAUGACCGUAGCAAUGCUGACCAAAAACACACUGAUGGCAUACAAGAGGGAGUAUAGAUUUGAUUAGGGUUGUACUCUGUGGAUCAGUGAGACUUUGUAUGCCAUUACAAAUGAGGUUGUGCCAUUUUCUGAAGUUGACCUGCAGCUGUUGAAGAGAUUUUUUUUCGUUUUUCUUUCUUUUUGUUUUACAAUUGUUGAAGCGUGUUUGUAAAUUCAAACUUUAUUUGUUUUUGGGAUGAGUGGGGGAUUUUUUGGUCUGUCUAAAUUUUACUGGUUUCUACUGCACUCUGUCAUAAUAUAGAAUUGAAUUUUAGAAACCAUGAAAGUGAAACAGAAUUUCAAUUUUUUUUGGGUCAAUGUUCUUAUUUGUUGUGGUGUUGCCAAAUGCAGUGUUUUAUGGGAUGUUGGUGCUUUUAAAAAAUGACGAUUUCAAGCUCUUUUAUAAACAGGAUGAGUCUUAUGUUUGCAGUUUACUGAUAUAAAAUGACAGUUUUUAAAGAUUAAGCCCUUAUUCUGACCCACUGAUUUUCACACUACUGAACAAGGUGUGUGGAGCUGGCUGUCAAGUCAGUUCCUUUGGUCUGUUACAACAUCUCCUCUCGAGUCACAUUGAGAUAAUUAUGACCUAUGAACAAUCAGCUGGUCACAAUUGUGGGACUCGGCUUUACCUCCAUCUUAUCUUUUGAGCUACACAAGAUAGAGACUUCAUAUUUGUUAAACUGAAAGGUCAAGUUAAAGCUUUACUUUGGGUCAAGUUGAAGAUCAAAUGUCAAGGCCUUUACUAAAAUAAAACUUAGCCACAUUCAUGAGCAUAGUGUUUCAAAAACUUGGCUUGAAUCUGAUUUACUCACAUGAACCGUAGGCUCAUGAGGGUGGGGUCACAAUAGGAAUUUUAAGUUUUACAAAGGAUUAUAUAGGAAAAUUCUUCCCACGGACCACAGGUCUACAGAUGCCAGUAUCCUCAUGUAGUGAAGAUUCACAUCUGUUCAAACCAUGGUCCCCGGAGUCAAAUUGGGACAGCAGGUUCUGUCAACCAACCUUUGCCCUACAAGUAUGUCUGUCUGAUAUAAACCCUUUCACAUUUUAUUUUCUUGAGAGGGAGAAAAACUUGGCCCUUUUAAAACAAUAAAGAUGCAAAGCAUCCUUGGGUAAUGUGAGCUCAAGUUCAAUGAAGAACCCCUUCCAAGGAGAGAUAAUCAGGAAACUGUAUAAAUAGGGAAAAUCUUCUAAAGAACCAAGCAUUCAGAUAAGUGUCCUCAUAUACAUCAUGUAACAUAGAUAUAAUAUUGUUAAAAUGGUGGACCUCUGUCAUCAUCAUAGGGGGGGCUGGCUACAAUUUGUCAAAUUGCUAUGAAAGCUUACUCGUACUUUUAUAGUAUAGAUUUAAUUUGUUCAGUUAGUUGACUCUGGUGAGUGUUGUGGCCCAUGGGCUUCUAGUAAAAUAUUUUUUCUCGAUAAUAACCCUAUGUCCUGUCUAGUUUUCCUGGGAAAGACAUUUCAAGAAUCUCAAUAUUUUAUACAAAAAGAUACUCAGUCUUACAAUGCAUAUUAACUGUUAUUGAGCAAUGUACUAGUAUGUUCUUCAUUUUUUUUCUUUUUUUUUUUUUUUGAACAAAAUCAUCUUGGUAUAGAUUUUGUUUGUGAAUUUAGUUACUUGUAUUUUUAAUUCAUUUUGCAACAUGCAUAUGUGCAAGUAAAAUUUAAGUACAGUGUAGAAUGUGCCUUAUAAGAAUUAUUUGACAAAGAACAAGAACAUUCUGACAAAUGGAAAGACACCAAGUCUUUUAUUUUAUGGUGUUUUUCUUACCAUAAGUGUUUUUAGAAGAACAAAAUGCAUGUUAAAUAGUUUCAAAUGAACAAAGCUUUAUGCUGCUGUAGUGAAAUAUAGAAUUUUAAUAUCUGGGGUAAAUAAAGUAAAAUUGUUGAAAAUAUGUGGUGAAUAGAUAUACAUAUGUACAGAUGACAAUGAUUGAGUGAAGGGACAGCAGGUGCUAUGGAAAACAAGCAUUAUAGACUGAAUGUGAUUGCUAUUUAGUAUUGUGAUUCACAAUACUCUCAGGAAUAUGGAUGCCAAAAGGAGCCUUUUCUCAACUCCUCCAAAUGAUUUUACAUCAAUGACAAUGUAAUACAUUUAGUACAUUUAGUCAGGUCUUUCUAUUUUCAAGCAUUGCUUUCCCAUCCUAUCUGUUUUCAGUUAUUAAAGUUUUAAACUUCAGACAAAAUAAUAAAAGAGACUUAUUGUUUCAAAAUACUAGUAAGAGAUAAGGAUUACUAAUUGCAUGUGGUUUACAUGAGGAGAUCGGUAUCUGUUGACGUGGUAAAAUAUUUUUAAUUCAAAUGAAAGAAAGCUUUUUUUGUUCAGUUUUUUCUUAAAGUUACAAAGAAGAACUUUGUAUUUAUUCCCCUGUCAUGUGUAGUUUUAUGCGUAGAAUAUGAAUUGCACGUUUCAUAAUAAAUAAUGUAAUGUUACAUGUUCAAGUAUGUAUAUGCCUGACAAAAGAAUUUUGAUAUUGAUAAAAACAUAUGGAAAGUGUUAUUUCAAUUUCAUUGAUCUGAACAUAUCUUAUUGUAUAUAAUGUAUUUAAGUACACACAAGAAGACAAAAUGUGUGUGAUGUUCAUGGAAACCUUGUACAAAUGAAGUUUUAAAGUCAAAGGUCAAUUCUAAUCUUUGGAAUAAAUUUUUAACUGUACUAGUU